UAAAUAUCAACAGAACAGAGCAAAUCAAGCUAGGCCUCUGCCGUACGUAAGACAAACUCGUUUGAAACCACUGCUUCUUCUUGGUACUCAAAAUAAAAAUAGGAAAACCUAUUUUCUGUUUCCAUCAAACUCAGCAAAAUGGGUGGUAAUCAGUCUGUCCCAGAAAAAUCUAUCCAUGAGUUCACUGUCAAGGAUGCUAAGGGCAAAGAUGUGGACCUUAGCAUUUAUAAAGGCAAAGUGCUUCUUGUGGUUAACGUUGCUUCCAAAUGUUCGUUUACAGACUCGAAUUACACCCAGUUGACUGAGGUUUACAGCAAAUACAAGGACAAAGGUCUAGAAAUCUUGGCAUUUCCAUGUAAUCAAUUUUUGCACCAAGAGCCUGCUACAAGCCAGGAGGUACAAGAAUUUGCCUGCACGCGAUACAAAGCUGAAUAUCCAAUAUUUCAAAAGAUACGUUGCAAUGGAUCGGAUACCGCGCCUGUCUACAAGUUCCUCAAAUCAAGUAAAACUGGAUUCGCGGGGUCUAGGAUAAAGUGGAAUUUCACCAAGUUCUUAUUGGAUGGGGAAGGCCGUGUCAUUCAACGCUAUGGCUCAUCCACUUCUCCUUUGUCCAUUGAGGGUGACAUCAAGAAAGCAUUGGGAAUUGCAUGAGACUAGUACUCAGUUCUGCUAGUAAGAAUAAAUUUAUUCAAAGCUACUACUAUUGGUGCCAGAAAUUUUUUAUGGUAAUUAUGUUUUAGGUAUUCCUGAGUCGAUAUAUCUGUAUUUCCCAUAUAGGAAUUUCACUUCCUUUGUCUUGUGUUAUUGUAAUUGCCAGUUUCUGUGCUUAUGUAUUGAUGGGAUGUAUUGUUAAAGAUUUAGUUGUUCAAUUGAGUGAAUCACUAUAUGCGGUUGAAAAAACGUUGAGAAGUAUAUAUAUCCAUUUUUAGAGGGUUUUGUUAA